CUGCAAUUUCUACUUCACACAGUAGAGACCUUACAAUGGCGGCCGACGGCCAUCGGACCCGCCCCACGCAAGCAUGUCUCACCUGCAAGACUCGUAAGAAGAAAUGCAACAAGGGCCUUCCUUCAUGUAGCUAUUGUAUACUGAAAGAUCUUGAAUGCCGCUACGUUUCGGUUACUCGCCGACGUGCUUAUGCCACCCCAAAUACCGACAGCUCAACGCAUACAACAAUACACCGUGAGAUACUGACCGCAGAAACACUUGACGAUCUGGCGCCGCCCAGGACAACUCUUCCAGAACCUGUAACUACUCCUAAAAAGACCACUCUAUACCGUCCGCUCUUUGAAUGCUUUGAUAGCGUCCACCUCGAGGUCCAAAAUAUCAUUCGUUCGACUGGUGAAUUUGUGGACGAUCUCACGGCUCGCUAUUUCCGGAACUUCCAUGGCCAUCUGCCCAUCAUUUCCCGUACGCGCUUUCAGCGUAGCCUCACCGCGACGGGAGCACCCCCUAGUGCUGACUCCUCGAUUUUACUACUAACUAUCUGCUUAAUUGUAUACCUCCCGAAUCCUGAACUGCUUUCACGAGCCGGAGACACUAUCGGCCGACAGUCUCUGUAUCUCGCCGCAAAGACACUUCUCGCACAGGUCCAGGGGUGUUUGCAGCCUUCGAUUCCUCUUAUACAGGCUUGCCUCUUGCUAGCCACAUACGAAUAUGCAAACGGAAGGCCAGAAGUUGCAUUGGUCACGAUUGCGGGCUGUGCGCGAAUGGCCUAUGCUGCUCGUAUCCACGACAGCAGACGCCAUAAUAUGAUGAAUGGUGACUCUAGACUAGAAGUCGAAGAAGCUACAAAUACGUGGUGGGGCAUUGUAAUCUCUGAACGAGCCUUUAUUUGUGAGGUAGGUGAUUUUGAGCAACCAAUGGCUACCAUUUUACCUGCUGGGGAUACCCGGCUACCUAUCGAACGCGAAAAACUUGAUCGGGGGGAUCUCCUCAGUCUAGAUUCUACGCCUAAUAUUCCUGUCUCGUGUUUGGCCAUAACAAGCAUUGGUGGCUUCGGCCGUGCAGCUCAAGCAUCUUGCCUCUUGGACCAAGUCUUAAAAGGCUUAGUCAUACCAGAUCUUACUACUAGGCUGCCUCUGCUUGAAAGCCUGGACAGAACUAUCCAGUCAUUUCUAGCCGUUAUCUUAUCCCACAACCCAGAUAUAGCGUGGCCGUAUUGCACAGCGCUGGCAGUGACAGUCAGAGCAUUGUUCACAUUACACGGGGCCAUCUUAAACAUACCACAACAGGUCAUUUCUGCCAAUUUUAGAUCCCUGGAGGAAUGGAAGAAGAGUUCCAUAGCUGCACUCGAUACUGCUACGACGAUGGUUAACGAUAUGGUGAAAUGGCAUUACAGUACUCUGCCUUCAGAUGGGACCAAUGAUACGUCUCCAAUUCACAUCUAUGUAGUUCGUGCUUCGAUUAAACAUAUGCAUACUCGGCCAUAUAAUGGAGAUUAUCCUUGGUCAGAGAGAGCUGAAAACGAACUCCAGCUCUAUCUGGACAGGCUUCAGCACCAAUGGGUUGUCUCUUAUGACUGAGUCUUUUAGACUGAUACCUACCAGACAGUCUCUAAUAGAUGGUGACUUGCUAGCUUCCCAGGUAGUAACGAAAUCUAUAUUCAAAUUCUAUGGUGUGGCUAGUGAGUGCAUGG